UGAAAGGUUUGCAAUGACAGCUCAGUCCACAGACGGAGCUGCUGCUGCUGUGACAUAUGGGCUGAAAGUUUACAUAGAGGAAGUUUUGAUUUGAAGCUAAAACACAGAAAACAGAAGUAGAGAUAUUACAACAGCAUGCUGAGAGGGAUUUGCCUCUUCCUGCCUCUCAUGGCUCUCGGUGGACUGCUCGGUGGACAACUUCACACCGAGCUGACGGGGGUCCUGGACGACUGCUUCUGUGACGUUGAAAGCAUCGACGUCUUCAACAACUUCAAGAUCUACCCUCGAAUCAAGAGGCUGACGGAGAAAGACUACUUCAGAUACUACAGAGUGAACUUGAAGCGACCGUGUCCUUUCUGGCCGAACGACGGACACUGUGCCAUCAAAGACUGCCAUGUGGAGCCCUGCCCAGAGAGCCAGAUCCCAGUGGGCAUCAAGUCUGGGAACUACAACAAGUACUCCAAGCCAGCGGAUACGGCCUCCGAUGUGACGGAGUGUGAACAGGCCAAAAAUCUGGGCGCCAUCAACAGCACCCUGAGUAACCAGAGCAAAGAGGCGUUCGCUAACUGGGAGAAACACGACGAUGCUCAGGAUCACUUCUGUGAGCUCGACGAUGAAACCGCUCCAGACUCUGAGUACGUGGAUCUGCUGCUGAAUCCGGAGCGAUACACCGGAUACAAAGGACCUUCAGCCUGGAGAGUCUGGAACAGCAUCUACGAGGAAAACUGCUUCAAACCCAGAUCGGUGUACCGACCUCUGAACCCUCUGGCUCCGAGCAGAGGAGACGACGAUGGAGAGGGUUUCUACACGUGGCUCGAAGGGUUGUGUUUAGAGAAGAGAGUUUUCUACCGGCUGAUCUCGGGCCUCCACAGCAGCAUCAACAUCCACCUGUGUGCCGAGUACCUGCUGAACGAGGGUUGGGGCCGGUCGAUUUGGGGUCCGAACCUUCAGGAGUUUCGUCAGCGCUUCGACACGGCGGAGACGAAGGGCGAGGGCACGCGGCGGCUGAAGAACCUCUACUUCCUGUACCUCAUCGAGCUGCGCGCGCUCUCUAAGGUUUCUCCGUACUUCGAGAGAGCGUUCGUCAACCUCUACACCGGGAACCGGCAGGAGGACGGAAACACCAAGGAGCUGCUGCUGCAGUUCUUCGAUGAGGUCAAAACUUUCCCAAUGCACUUUGAUGAGAAGUCCAUGUUUGCAGGACAAAAGAUUGAAGCCAAAAUAUUAAAG